AUGGAUACUCUUUACGUGCUUAAGGUCAAGUGCCGCGGCGUCCUUCGUCGCAUCUCCUCUCGUCGCGACCCUCCGGCCUUCGACCACGUGGACGGUCAAAUCCGCAAGCUCUUCAAGAUCCCGGCCGACAAGUCAAUCACCGUCACGUACACGGAUUCGGACGGUGACGUCAUAACGGUUUCCACGGACGAGGAUCUUCACGACGCGUUUAUCUACCAGGAGCUCAACCCGCUUCGCCUCGAUGUUGCCGUGGAGUCCCUGCCAGGCGCUGACGAUUUCGUCGACGUCUGCAGCCUUGACGGAUCUGUCUACUCGUCCUCGUCGUUCGGCGGAGAUGCUGCGCCAUCUGCGCUAACUGCGCCGUCCGCGCCAUCCGCGCCGUCUGCGCCGUCUGCACCGUCCGCUGUUGCUGCUUCUGGCAUGAAUCCCGCUCCUGCUGCGUCGGAUUCAGUCGCCGACUCUGCUGCUCAGGCUGUUCCUGUUCCUCCUGCUGUUUCGACCGCUGCGGUUGACGAACCUUCUCCUGCGCCAGUUCCUGCUGCUGCUCCUGCUCCUACGCAGCCCGUUCCUGCCGCUCCUGACGCUUCCACCUCUGAGCCUGCUCCUGAAGCCGCUCCCACCGCGGCACAGCCCAGCGAGCCGUCCGUCCCGGAGAACCCUGACGAGGCGUUUGAGGCGAAAGUCGCGGAGUUUGCAACCGCGGUGGAGAAUCAGAUUCUGAAGGCGCUGGCUUCGGGCGGGCAGCUGGAGCGCAUGCUGGCGCAGUACGGGCCAAUUCUCAAGGAUGCUCCUGGGAAGAUUGCGCAGGUGUUGGCGACGGCGCGGCGGAGCGGGCUUGACGUGGUGUUUGAGCCGAUUCUGGAGAUGCACCACCGCCGCCAGCAGCAGCAGCAGCAGCAUGGGGGGUACAGCGGUGGUUGUGGGUCUUCCAAGCCUUCCUCCUCGUCUGCUGCUGCCGCGGCUGCGGAUUCUGCUGCUGCUGCUGCCGCUGCGGAUUCUGCUGCUGCUGCUGCCGCUGUGGAUUCCGCUGCUGCUGCUGCCGCUGCCGCCGCUGAUUCCGCUGCUGCUGCUGCUGACAUAGCUGCUGCGGUUUCGGCUGAUGUUGCCGCUGCGACCUCUGCAGUGGCUGCUGCGAUUGCUGCUGCAGCAGACGCGCUCGAUCUGAAGCCUAAGGACGCUCCCUCCUCCUCUGCUCCUGCUCCUGCCGCUGCUGCUGCUGCUGCUGCCACGGCUCCUUCUGCUGCAGCCGCUGCGUCGGCCUCAGAUUCCGCGAGUGUUAAGGCGGUUCACUACGGCAUCACCUGUGAUGGCUGUGACAUGCGCCCUCUCAAGGGCAAGCGUUACCACUCCCUCGUGAAGCAUGACUUCGACCUGUGCGAGGCGUGUUACAGCAAGGAGGGGUCCAUCUCAGAGAACUAUGAAUGCAUCGAGAGCCCCCCGCCUGCCAAGUUCUACUUCCCUGUCAAUCCGAAGGAUGCUGCUUGUUCUGCUGGUACUGCCGCUGCUGCUGCAGCAUCCGCCUCUGCUGCUGCGUCCCAGGGUGGUGCUGCGUCCCAGGGUGGUGCUGCGCAGGGAGUGAGUGAGGCUGCCAAGGCGGUGCAUUACGGCAUCAUCUGUGACGGUUGUGACAAGCGCCCCAUCCAGGGCAAGCGAUACCGCUCCCUUGUGAAGGAUGACUUUGACCUGUGCGAGGCGUGCUACAGCAAGGCCGGCGUGGUGCCGGAGCACUAUGAGUGCAUCGACCGCCCCCUCUUCCGCCCCUCGCGUCUGCAGCACAUGGCCGCCCACGCCGCUGCCAUGGCUGGCAUGCCAGGAGGAGGUCGCCCCUUCUUCGCCCCGCGCCCGCACUGCCCCUUCUCCCACCACUCAAUGCCACACGCAUGGGGCCCUGGGUCUCCUUUCAACAAGCACCAGCACCACAUGCACCAGCACCACCAGCACCAGCACCCUCACUACCACCCGAACAACACUCCUUUCACUGGCAGCAGCAGCGUGGCCGGAACCGUGGGCGCAGCAGUGGGGGGGACGGUGGGGCAGCUGCAGUAUGGCAGGGCGCAUGGGAGGCUGCUGGACGCGCGGUUUGUGCGGGACGUGAGUGUGCACGACGGCACCGAGAUGGCUCCCCUCACGAGGUUCACCAAGAUCUGGCGCCUGCGCAACAGCGGGAGUGUGCCGUGGCCGUGCGACCUGCAAGUGAUCCACGCUGGCGGGGACUUGCUCUCAGAGACCAGCACCGUUUCCCUGGAGUUGCCACGAGGGGGCGUGUACCCUGAACAGGAGGUUGAUGUGGCGGUGGACAUGGCAGCACCUGCCCGCCCCGGGCGGUACAUGUCUCACUGGCGCCUGCUGGCCCCUGGUGGGCCCAAGUUUGGACACCGCUUCUGGGCUCAGAUCCAGGUCGUGGAGGCCAGUGCAAUGGAUGAAGAACCGGCGCCUCUCCUUGCUGCUGCCCCUGCUGCCGCUCCUGUUGCUGCGUCUGCGCCUCCUGUGCCUGCUGCUGCUGCUGAGUCUGAGUCUCCCUCCCUGCCUGAAGCCGUUUGUGUGAAGGCUAGCCCCAGUACGGACGCAGAAAGCGUACUAGCUGAUGCUACUCCAGUGGAAGACGCUGCUGCUGGUGCUGCUGUUGUGGAGCAGCCAUGUGCUGAGGAGGCUGUGGAGGAGAGUGGUGCGGUAUCUGUCGUGGAAGUAGCAGAGGAGAAGGAGGAGGCUGGGAGUGCUCAGGAGAAGCGGGAGGAGCAGGAGGAGGAGGAGGAGGAGAAGGUUGAAGUUGCUGUGCAGGCGCGUGAGGUGGUUGAGAAGGAAGAAGUCAAGGAGGUGAAGGACGACGUGGAGGUGGUAGAAGAGGAGAAGCAGGAGGAGGAGGCGCAGGAGUGGGAGGAUCCGAUUAUCACUGCGAUCCGCAACGCUGCUGACAACAUCGGGUCGGCAGCCGCUGGUGCUGGUGCUGCUGCCGAGUCUGAUGUUGGUGCAGCCAUGGCUGCUGUGGGCGACGUGGUGAUUGACGUCGCCCCUGCCUCUGUUGAACCUGCUGUGCCUGCCGCGCCUGCCGUGCCUGCUGCUGCUGCUGUGGAUGCAGUUGUUGCUCCUGCUGCAGACGCUGCUGCUGCUGCUGCUGCUGCUGCUGCUGCUGCUGCUGAUGAGGAGUGGACAGACCUGCGCACCCCUUCGCCCGCAGACGACACCGCCAGCACCACCAGCACCACCAGCACCACCACAGAUGCCACCACCUCAGAGAGCAUCCCCCCUGCCCUCUCCGCUUCAGACGUUUCUUCUGUACUCCCGCCGGCCCUUGCUUCAUCCUCCUCCGAUGCUGCCUCCUCUGUGUCCCCCGCCAGGGCUGAGGACACUGCUGUAGGCAGCUUCUCCCUCGUGAAUGUCUCCUACCCCUCCAUUGCCUCCAUUGCUUCCCUUGCGCCUGCUCCUGCUGCUCCCGCUGCGCCGGGCCAGUCCGUGUAUCCGUCGGUUGAGAGCAUCGGGGUGCUGGUGGAAGAGGCUGCUCCUGCUGCGGCUUCUUCUGGGGCUGCUGCUGGUGCAGUGACAGAGGAUCUGCUGACAGGGGAUGACUAUGUGAAUGUGCCGUCUGUGCCUGCUGCCAUGCCAUCGCCUGCCAGCUUCCUGGAUGACGAAGAGGAGAUUGAGAUGGAGACCCCGCCUCUCAUCGUCAACUCGUCCGCACCCGCUGCUGCUGCUCCUGCUGCUCCUGCUGCUCCUGUGGAUGUUCCUGCUGCUGCAGCUGUUUCAUCUGCCCCGUCUGCACCUGCUGUGGUUUAUGGGGGGAGAUACGGCAGCCAGGUGCAGCAGCUGGUGGAGAUGGGGUUCCCCUAUCCUGCUCUGAAUGGGGAGCUUCUGGAGUUUACUAAUGGGAACAUGGACGAGGUGGUAACCAUGCUCGUGAAGGUUACGACUGAGUGGCAGGAGAAGAUGGACGAGCUGGAAGAAAUGGAUUUUACGGACAAGGAGAUGAACAUGCGUCUGCUGCUGAAGCAUGAUGGCAGUUACAAGCGUACCGUGCGCGAGCUGGUGGCGCUUGACAAGGCCAGCAGGAAGGCCGGCAGGGCGGAGCGCGCCUAA